AAUGCAUUUUUGGAAAUGAGAGAUUUAUAAAUGAUGUAUGUGGGAGUAGAAAGCCUGACGUAUGUUUCUGGCAAGCGGAAGACGACAGAGUAUAUGUACGCGAUAAUCCAACUGGUGUGUUUAAGCUUAUGUGUAAAUGGGAUGGGAUAUUAACAAACUUUGACGAAUACAUUUUUUUAUCUUAAUUUGUUAUCAACUUUUUUUGUCGAUUAUGUUUAAGAUUAUAACAAAGUUAAGUACUUUUACUAGUUAAGUAUAUAUAUAUAGGCUGAUAAUCCUGUACAUGUAACUGAAACUCAACUCAGUUUCACAGAAAAUAUCUGUGUUAAAACAAAUCUUUAUAUUUCCUCCCUAAAUAGAAGAACAAAACAAUAACCAUUAUCUUACCUAACUAACAAGCAUACCAAAAUAGAUAUCUUCCGGUGGCAGUUCACUCAAAUCAUUUCUUAGAAAACUUACUAAAUAUAACAAAACAUUUUGCAUGCGUAUAAAUAAACUCAUCUCUUUCUUGAAAACUAAUCUAUCAUCUGGUGUUCAAUCACAAACACACUAACGCAUAUAACACACGAUAUAUAUAUUUUACACACGAUGCCAAUAAAUCUCAAUAUUACCGUCGGGACGAUCUUCCUCCUCCUCGCCGCCUCAUGCCAAAGCGCGGCAGCGUUGAUGCCUUCUCUCAGUGAACCCUGCAUGGUGACAGAUUUUCCGGCAUUAUGCAGAGGCACCAUUAAUGGUCAAACGAAUGUGAACGCAGCCACGGAUGUGGCAAUAAGAGAGCUAAUGAAGCGGACGAGGCAUGCCAGAGAUAUCGCCAAGAAAGAGCUGCAAGUGCUUGACGGAGGAGUCGCGACUUGUUUGUCCAACUUCAAUAGCGCGUUUGAUAAUUUGGACAAGGCACUUAAGAACGUUAAGGAAAAUGAUGGUUUUAGCCUCAACAUUAACCUUAGCGCUGCGUUAACUGACUACGAUACUUGCAGCGAGGCAAUGAAGGGAAGUAAGGAGAUUAACGUCGUUUAUAAAUCAGCUGGCGUUUUGUACAAAAUGGCUGAUAAUUGCUUGGCGCUUUCUACCCUUGUUAAGCUUUAAUUUAUAAA